GGAAGGUAUCGUAGUCUUGGUCUCGCCUCCCUCCGCCACGCUUGCCCCUCUUCCUUGUGCAAGAGUAUAUGCCCAUAUAGGACACAUCCCAUGCCUCGAAGAGCACGAAUCCACUUUGUAUCUCUCCAUUCAUCCUUGGUGAAUCUCCCUAUCUCGAUCUACGGGCCCCUACUUGAGCGAGGCAUACGACCCCAAGGUCUCGCGGUACACCUCACUUGGGUACCCAGAGAUUCACAAGAUGGCGUUGACUCCGCAAAACGGAAGCUCGAGGCAUAUGUGGGAUGGACCGGCAUGGCAUCUGCCUCCUCAUUGGCGCAUUUCAACAGCGCCGGUAGCAGCGAUAAAAGCCUUGAGACCAUUGAAAUGGACCCACAAUUCGCGCAAGGACUCGGGUUUGUCGCGGGUGACAUUGUGGAGAUUGGACUACUGCACGACCUCGGAUUGGCCAAGUCGGUUGCAACUGAACCUGUAACGUCCGAUGAUUGGGAAAUCAUCGAACUACAUGCGUCUCACGUCGAGUCUACGCUCCUUUCGCAAGUGAGAGUAGCUGCCAUAGGACAGGAGAUCGACAUCUGGGUGCUAGGACGCACCAGGGUCCGUCUCAGAGUCGUAUCGCUCGAGCCUUCGACCGCCGGAAAGGCCCUUUUGCUGACGACGAGCACUGAGGUGAGCAUAGCCCCGAAGCUGCACUCUCGGCAAAAUGGCUCUGCAGGCCCUGCCGUCAAUGGCAAGACAAAGCAGAAGAAACAUCGCGGCGCGAAUGGCAAGGUCAACGGUGUCAGCACUCCAGCCGAGGAUCUCUCGGGAUCAAUACCUAAUGGCGAGGCUGCGAAGCUACCUGUACGCGUAAUGCGUGUACUUCCGCAUCGACUAGUCCCGUCAUCACCUACGACGUCACAUCGCUUGCCCGAUGCAGACGUGGUGAUAGCAUACGUUUCGCGCGCGGCCCUAACAUCCCUGGCGGAAGCUUCCGGUUCCGCAUCCAACCCGUCACCCUGGCGCGCUCGUGUUCGAAGGCUACCACCGCCGAGUGAUCCAUCGCAAGAGCAGAACUCUGGCGGACCAGCAUCACCACCUGCGCCUCGGGUCCUUGUUCCCAAUGGAGAGGCAUCCGCUGCCAAAGCUCCCUCUCAGCCCCCUGAGAAGGCACGCGACGAGGUGGUAUUAGUUUGGUCUCCGGAAGUCCCAGUCCCGGAAGGUCAUGUAGUGAUAUCUGGACAAAUAGAGAACGUCGAAGAUUGGGAUAUGGUUCGGGUAGCUUUCGUCGGGCCUGAGGCGACGCCUCUAUCUGAUGUCGACCGCUCCGUAGAGCACAGACCUUAUACCUCAAUACCGCCGUCGAAGCAUGGCCUAGCUGGCGUCGACGAUAUCCUCGACAAAGCCACCGGAUUUUGUCGAACUAAUUUUCUCGUCCAUUCAUUCGGCAGUAGAGUCCGUGGUGUUCCCGGGCUUCUAGUGACUGGUCGGUCGGGGGCGGGAAAGACGUCCCUCCUGAACGCCAUUGCCAAGUCGAUGCAAGAAGACCCACAAAUAUUCGCAUAUGUCCUCCAUGUGGACAUGUCGAAGUACACAGAGACGACCGUGGGCAAGAUGCGCGCGCUGCUGCGAUACUGGAUAGCGAAGGCAACGUGGCACCGUCCCUGCGUCCUUGUCGUGGACAACAUCGACAAACUCAUGAGCGCUGAGCUUGAGCAUGCCGAUUCGUUCCGGAGCCGUCAUAUCACUGAGCUGUUCCUCUCUACGUUCGGACCGUCGUCGCGUACCGCGGCCCCAAAUGCCAGCGGGAUCGUACUCCUUGCAGCUGCUGAGUCACAAACGGCGUUGCAUCCAUCACUUAAUUCAUCACACCUGUUUCAAGAAGUCGUUUCCUUGAAGCCUCCGGGGAAGGAUGCACGGCGAGAUAUCAUCAGCCAGCUAGUUCGAGAGCGCAUAGACACAUCAAACAUUGUCGAAGAUUCCUCGAAGCCCGUGAAUUUCACCGCCCUCGCAACACAGACCGAGGGAUACUCCGUUACGGAUCUUAAGGAUUUUGUUGCCCGAGCUGUCCAUCAAGCUGCAAUCCGCUGUUCUGAGAACGGAGAGGGCGAGGAAGCAUCGACUACUCUCAUCCCAGAAGACUUCGCCACAGCCCAAGUCGACUUCGUGCCCCAUUCACUGCGCGAUGUCAAGUUGCAGCGAUCUGAGGUUGAAUGGGCAGAUAUUGGAGGGCUCAACGAGACCAAGCGGACCCUCAGAGAGACACUUGAGUGGCCCACGAAGUAUGGACCAAUAUUUGCUCAGUCGCCCCUGCGUUUACGUUCUGGUCUCCUUCUGUACGGGUACCCUGGCUGCGGCAAGACCUUAUUGGCCUCAGCGGUAGCGAAGGAAUGCGGGCUAAAUUUCAUUAGCAUCAAGGGGCCUGAGUUGCUGAACAAGUAUAUUGGGGCGAGCGAGAAAUCAGUUCGUGACCUUUUUGAACGUGCAAGCGCGGCGAAACCUUGUGUUCUAUUCUUCGACGAAUUCGACUCAAUAGCUCCCAAGCGAGGGCAUGAUAGCACCGGAGUAACCGACAGAGUUGUCAAUCAAAUGCUUACCCAAAUGGACGGUGCAGAGGGACUCGAUGGCGUGUACGUAUUGGCAGCCACGAGUCGGCCUGAUCUCAUUGAUUCUGCCCUCCUGCGUCCGGGUCGUCUCGACAAAUCGUUGCUCUGUGACAUGCCCGACGUGAACGAACGUCGAGAAAUCCUAGAGGCACUUGGUCGCAAGAUUAACAUUGCACCGUCUGUAGAUCUUCAGGCUGUCGCUAGAGAAACCGAUGGCUUCUCUGGCGCUGACUUACAGGCCCUCGUGUACAACGCUCAUCUCGAGGUCAUCCACGAAGCCAUUCCUGGCCCGUCCAGCACUGCAGAUCCUGUCGUCGAUGGCGUCAAUGACCGCGAACACGAUGUUCAAUAUAGCCUACUGGGGGAGGCGUCGCCUGAGUCUCAGCAGGUCCUGUCAAUAGCGGAGGAAUCUGCAUUUCAACGACGUCUUCAAAGAAUUCUACGGGAGCCGCCAACUAGGCAAGACGCCGAAAGCGAUAAAAUUGCUAGGUCCAAGCCGACAUACGAGAUUAGCGACACGCAUGUUCGUCGGGUUCUGGGUACGACGCGUCCUUCGGUGCCAGACGAGGAGCGCGAUCGACUAAGCCGCAUCUAUCGUGCCUUUGUGUCUGACAGGAGUGGAGAACUACCAGUACCACCGGAAGGCACGGAAGUGGGCAGUCGAGUAUCCUUGAUGUAAGGAAAUCGUUGAAAUCAUGUGUGAUGUUGCUGUAUGCCCCGGCGACCCCAAGUGUCGUCAGCUCCAUGAGAUCGGCUUGGAAACCUUUUCACAAAACUAUAUAUCAGUGUUCAAAGGC